CAUUAGAUCGAUACCGGUGGCGCAAACUGCCACCGGUAUCGACUAAAAGACCCUAAUAAAUCCAAGAAGCAUGGGAUUUAUUGGGUAUGUGAGCUUUGCUUUCUUGCUAAUUACCCUCCUGGGCAUUGCAAAUAUGUUUCUUCAACGAGCAGAUCAAUUGAGCAGCACCUAAAAGCCAAGCAUCAGAUCGAGGUACGUGUUAUAGCCAAAUAGACGAAGAAUGAGGGCCUAACUACCAAUUCUUUCGUAUAGAGCCCUCAAAUCAUGUCCUUAUUAGCAUCGAGACACCAAGCUGGCACCCAACGUACCUUAGAUUCGAUGGUCGACGUAAAUCAACCACAACAACAAGCCCUCCACUCUCGCGUUUCUUUGCGGUUUAAUAAACAGUUAAACAACCUCCUAAUUAUGGAUUGGCUGGCCACCUCGAAUCUAUCCUUUAGAAUCCUUGAUAAUCCUCGAUGGCGGCGUCAGCAGUUGUACAACAACGUAAUAAUUCAAGAGGCCGACCUACCCCACUCCGAAUCGAUGAUCCACCUCCUUUUGGCCGAAUAUAGACGAGCCGUGACGCCGAUUCACCUCGUUUGUAGGAAUCCACGCCCAUUUUAUCGACAAGGACUUCAAGAGGUGGUCUAUCCUUCUAGGCCUUCCUGCCUUGAUCAAGCGCCAUACAGGAUCUGACGUAGCCGACGAGGUAUUGGCAAUUUUGCGCUUUUUCGAAAUUGAGGAUCUUGUUGGUUAUUGUACCUUGGAUAACGAGUCGAAGAAUGGGACUACUAUGGUGGUUAUUGGCCAACAGCUCGGGUUUGAUGGCGAGGAGAGGCAAAUUAAGUGUGCUCCUCACGCCUUGCAACUCGCCGUUCGUGCCUUAUUAUAUGGUGAUGGUUGCAAACGGCUGCCGUUAGAUAACGUACUGGCAACUUGGGGUCAACAGAGCUU